CCCGUCCAGGGCUUGCCGAUCGGGCGAUCGAACGAGACCACUGCAAGUCCCAGCCCCCUGGCGAUGCAAGCAAUUUCCGGGGAAUGGAGGGUUGAAGAUUCACUUGGGUUCUUGGCCCUGCCGCAUGUGAAGACCGCAGCACAUGAGCAGGAUGCUAGAUCCUAGAGCUGCUGGCUGAAUCCUUCAUCUGUUCAUCACAUUCAUCAACGAUUCACAAAAAUGGACCCUCGCCCGCAUCCCGUGUUUCUCUCCCCCUCCCUGCCAUCCGAAUUGCUCCACUAUGUGACACAGCACUGUAGCUACCCUACCACACUCGUCAUCUGCUCCAGCCGAUCCGACUUUCUCUCUUCGCUCACGCACGACAUCAUCCUACAUCAGCAGCAGGAGCACGACCAGGCCCCUCACCAACACCGGCCUAGCGAUAGCGAUAGCCCGAAUCAGCCCACCGCGGUGAAGCCGGGCAUUGCAGACCCAGAUCCAGACCCUUGCCCAGGAGAGCAAGAGCAAGAGCAAAACCAAGACCAAUCGUCACCACGUCCCCCGGACAGGCAACCUCCCAUCAACCCCUGCCCUCCUCCCCAAAACAUAACCACCCAUCACCACCACCACCACUACCAUCAUCAUCACCACCCUCUCCUGACCUCCACCCUCCAGCAGACCGCCACCGCCCGGCACAUCCGCACAGUCUUCACCCCAACCGUCACCCACCUGCGCGCCUUCCUCUCCGUCUUCUCCCUCCGUUCCAGCACGGUCCGGCCACCGCCACCACCGCCACGACCAGCGAGGACCACCACCAGCAUUAAUACCUCACAAGACGAGUCGGAACCGCCACCCCUCCUCCUGGUGUACGGCUUCCUCGCCCUGCACCGGGACACCAGCGAGUGGAGCGUCCAGGGCAUGAGCAGCAGCGCCGCGGGACUGGUGGAGGCGGCUGCGCAGGAGGGGGUUAGGGCGGUCAUCUGCGAAGCACCGGGCAAGCCAGGGAUCACGAGAUAUAACGGAGGGGUUGGGGAGGAGGACCUGCUUGAGGAAAGGGUGCCGGUUUUGAGUGCCGGGUUGAGGAGGGGGUUGGUUGCUGGGGACAGCGGCUGGGUUGGGAAGACGGUGGAGGUGAAGCGGGUCCUGGCGAGGUGGUUCCGGUUUGAGGAGCCAACAUGGAUGCGGGAUGGAGAGUGAGAUCGAGGACGGGGGUACGCAAGUUGCGAUGCGGUGGGUGGGACCGUUUCGUGCUGAAAGUGUGUACUUGUACUGUACAUAGGUACGUCGUGUACGUGAAGAGAAUACAGAGUGAACGGUCAUG